CUUCACGCUUCCAGGUGAACUUCAGCUCAGUUAACCAACGAAUCCAGUGGCCAAAAGGACCGGGUCCGCUGAUCGGCCUCCGCUAUGGCGAGCCAGGACGCUGGUAACCCUUCACACACUGCGUUCGACCUCUUCGUCCAAGCCCAGACCUGCAAGGAUGUGCAGCUCCACUUUGCUGAUCUCUGUAAGCAACUGGAUAUCGAUCCUAAGGAUUUCAGGAGCUUCUACUCCAAGCUGAAGGAAAGGCUGAACUACUGGAAGGCCAAAGCUCUGUGGACAAAGUUGGACAAAAGGGCGUCUCAUCCAGAUUACCAGCAAAGAAAAGCCUGCGCUAAAAACAAGUGUCUCGUGUUGGGUGCCGGGCCAUGUGGGCUGAGGACGGCCAUCGAGCUGUCCCUGCUGGGGGCUCAGGUUGUGGUGCUGGAGAAGAGAGAGUCUUUCUCCAGGAACAAUGUUCUCCACCUGUGGCCCUACACCAUCUGUGACCUCCGUGGGCUCAACGCCAAGAAGUUCUACGGCAAAUUCUGCACAGGCGCUCUGGAUCACAUCAGCAUCCGUCAGCUGCAGUUGAUUUUAUUGAAAGUGUCACUUCUCCUCGGGGUGGAGGUGCACACCGGAGUGGAGUACCAGGGUUUGAUCGAGCCCUCGGGGGAAAACGGAUGGAUGGCCAAGCUCCAGCCUGAGUCCCAUCCCACUUCAACCUUUCAGUUUGAUGUUUUCAUCUCGGCUGGAGGAGGCAGGUUCGUCCCCGAUGGCUUCAAGCACAAAGAGCUGAGAGGAAAGCUGGCUAUCGGCAUCACAGCGAACUUUAUCAACAGAAACACGGCGGCCGAGGCCCAAGUAGCAGAGAUCAGCGGCGUGGCUCGCAUCUACAACCAGAAGUUCUUCCAUGAUCUGCUCACUGAGACGGGUAUUGAUUUGGAGAAUAUUGUCUACUACAAAGAUGACACCCACUACUUUGUCAUGACUGCCAAAAAGAAGAGCCUGCUGAAGAAGGGGGUCAUUAAAAAGGACUUCAGUGAUGCAGAGGACCUGCUGGCCCCCGUGAACGUGGAUCGCGAGGCUUUGAACCGCUACGCUCACGACGCCGCCAACUUCUCCACGGGAGGGCAACUACCUGACCCCCAGUUCGCUCAGAACAGCGCCGGCAAGCCAGAUGUGGCCAUGUUUGACUUCACUUGCAUGCACCGUGCUGAGAAUGCCUCACUGAUCAGGGAGAGGCAUGGGAAGAAGCUGUUGUUGGCUCUUGUAGGAGACUGCCUGGUGGAGCCUUUCUGGCCUCUGGGUACGGGGAUCGCCCGUGGGUUUCUUGCUUCCUUUGACGCAGCGUGGAUGGUGAGGAGCUGGGGAUUGGGGGUCCCACCUCUCAAGGUCCUUGCUGAGCGAGAAAGCAUUUACCAGCAUUUGUCCCAGACCACGCCAGAAAACACCAGCAAGAACUAUGCCGCUUACAGCAUUGACCCCAAAACUCGGUACAUAAGAGUCAACCUGUCCUCCAUCCAGACCAACCAGGUGCAGCACCUGUACGAUGUCGACAAAUCCAUUCAUUCAUCCAUCAAGAAGCUGAAGAACAGGUGGUCUCAAAUGCGGCAAGAUUCAGUCAGUGGUUAUGAAGAGUUGUUGAAAUGGUGCCAGAAACACACCGCGGGUUACGACAACGUGAACGUGAAAGAUUUAACCCAGUCCUGGAAGUCUGGGCUGGCCCUGUGCGCCCUGAUCCACCACUUCAAACCUCAGCUCAUUGACAUGACCUCCCUGGAUGAGUCCAACGCUGUUCACAACAACCAGCUGGCCUUCAACAUCCUGGAGAGGGAGCUGGGCAUCCCGCCUGUCAUGUCUGCCACCGACUUGGCAAACAGCUUUCAAAUAGACAAGUUGUCCAUGGUCCUCUAUCUCACCCAGGUCCAAAAAGCCUUCAGUGUGCCCAUGAAAGAACCUGCAGGCUUCCUGCCAUCAUCCAAGCCUCUGACUCUCUCCCAGACACAGUCAGCUGUCUUAUUCCUGAACAAGCUGAAGCACAACUCUCUGCAAAGACGCAAGGAAAAGCUGGCAUCUGAGAAACAAGCAAGAGAAAAAGAGACAAGCAUGGGAGAUGAGGACAGUACGGUGGCGUCCCCUGUACCCGCUGAGCUCAACCCUUCGCCUGCUCCAGAGCCUGAGCCUGAGCCUGAACCUAUGGCUGAUCCUGACCUUGAGCCUAUGUCACUGGCAACGUUGAUGAGGAACAGUGAGGAGUGUUACUUCUGCCGUCAGAGGGUCUACGUGCUGGAGCGGAUCAGCGCUGAGGGCAAGUUCUUCCAUCGUAGCUGCUUCAACUGCCAUGAGUGCGGCAUCACGCUCAGACUGGGAGCAUACACCUUUGACCAGAGCACAGGGAGGUUUUACUGUGAGCAGCACUCUGAGGAGCUGGAGCUGGAUAACGGGGCUGAAAUCACGUAUUGUGAGGACGACAAAGUAAACGGGCUGUCCAGUGAUGAUUACACACCAUCUCCAUCGGAUGAGGAGUAUGAGCACACGCUGGACUGUGGUCCCUCUGCGCUGGUAGACUCACAUAAACCUGCUGAACAGGACCAGCAUAUACUUGAACCCAAAGGGGAGUCCCAAGAGCCGCAUACAUUAGAAACUUCCACAAUUCCUGAGUCUAAAAUUGAGAUAACGGCUCCCACUGAAGAGGAGACAGAGGAACGUCCUCCUGCAGUACCCUUCCCGGUCCCUAAGCCUCGCCUCUCUCGGCAGACCACACCAAGCCCUCAGUCCUCCCCUCCGGUAGCAAAACCUCGCACAAUCCACCACUUGACCCCCUCGACUCCUGAAAAACACCCAUCUCCAAAACCAACGCAGGAGAGCUCCAAGCCUGUGCCAGACUCUCGUCCUAAACAAACUCUGCGAAAGCUUCAGCUAAGCGUUGAAGAGAAAAGCCAGUUGGUGAAUCUACAGAGCCUCAGCGUAGACUCUGACUCAGAGACCCCCGGGGGAUCCUCAUCCUGCUCCUCUUCCUCGGUAACAGCGGGAGGUCCAAGCCCACCUAAGCCAGAGGGCCCAGAUGGUCAAGAAGAAGAAGGCUACUGGAGUGGAAGCACCGCUAGUCACAUGCGGGAGAGGAGGAAUCGACGCUGCUUCAGGAGGAAAGAGAUGCCAAGCGGGCAGUCCAGAGUACGGUCCAAGUUUUCCCCCUGGAACCUGUCUUCCCCGAGGAUCAACAGAGACACUCGGCUCAGCGUCCACGUCAAUCAUCCAGGAAGAGUUGAAACAACAUUCCGACACGUCCACAGCACCUCAGAAGAGGGUGUCGAUGGAGAUGACGACGAUGACGAAGACGAUGAUGACGAUGAUGAUGACGAUGACGACGACAUGUUUGCACAAUAUGACUUUGAAUUAUUUGAUGACAAAUUUCAGACAGUCCCAUCAAACCCGGCCGAGGCUGAGAAGUUGGAGUUGAUGAAGAUGAAAACCCUGGAGCGACGAGCCAAGAUGAGCGAAUUGCAGCGAUUGCGUAAAGCCCAGUCCAUCCAGAGGAGGCUGGAGGAGAUUGAAGUGACCUUCAAGGACUUAGAGGAUAAAGGUGUUGUGCUUGAACGAACUCUGCGAGGGGAGGCUGGCAGCGGCGGUUCUCCUGAAAUGAUCGAGCAGUGGAUCCAGCUCGUCCACGAGAAGAACACGCUGGUUUCCGAGGAGUCUGACCUCAUGGUGGCGUCUCGACAGCUGGAACUUGAAGACAAGCAGAGCAUGUUGGAGAUGGAGCUCAGGAAAUACAUGGACCUGAAUGACAAGACAUCCGAGCAGCAAGCCGAAGAAGACCGGGUCCUCCAACAGAUGAUCGAGGUGGUGGACAUGAGGGACUCCCUGGUGUCGUUUCUGGAAGAGAAGAGGCUGAAGGAGAUCACCGAGGAGCAAGAGGUCUUCUCCAUCAUGGAGGCUAAACGGCACUCGAAGGCAGGAUCUCAGGUCCUCUGGGAGUAAGGCUUUGGCUCGCACACACGCACACUCAACACCUGGACCUGUACUUGUAGAUGCUCUUAAAUCUACCGGAUGUGAGACUUGCUGGAACCUGAAACGUAACAUUUUUUUUCGCAAAGCCAAAGAUGAUAAUACUGCGUUGUUGCGGAGGAUAACCCACCAGGAGCCGUCCCUCAGUGAUUAGGUUAAAGAGUUCAAGCUUAUGGAGCAGAGGCUGGAUGGAUGGAUUGAAAAGCCGUUGCAAUCCGCCCCCCUAGAGGGAGACAUAAGCCUGUUCUGUGGCUUUGAGUUGAUGAGUCCGGGUUAAACCCUGCCUGCUGCGAUGGUUGGGUCACAACAAACCACAUGUGAAAAAGGACCCCUACCGUCUGCUGCACUAUUAAAUAACCACUGUACAGCAGAUAAUCAUUACCCAGCGAGGGACCUGGCCUGGUUUUUCCGUGUCAUAAACAUGUGACUCGAGUGCAAAGCCAAGACUGAGCAGCAUAAAAUUACAGCGGUGAGAAACCUGCAGUAGUCGGCUCUGAAGCCUUAGAGGUAGAUCUAGGUUCGAAAAACAUGUUUUUUUGAAAAUAGCUUGAUGUUCAUGUUGAUUUUACUUGUGUCAUCAUGGAUAAGUGCUACAGUACACAAAGAUAUAUUACACAUAUCAUAAUUCUAUGUUUGCUAUUUGUAUAAAAAAUAAUGAUAUCUAGAAAUAUGAAAAGAAAAAAACUUAAGAGGUAGUUAGAAUAUUAAAAUUAUUCAAUUCUGUUAUUUGUGAUUUAAUGAAUUCUGAUAAAUUUGAAUUAUCAUUUCAUUUCUGAAUGUUAUAAAUUUUCGUAGCACUUCCUGCUGUUCACCAUGUCGUUUUCUGAUAGCAUGUUGAAUAGUUAAUCUCAGGGGUUGACUGUUCAUGUCCUCUUGGAUCAGAGUUUUCACCGAUGGCCUUCAACAGUCGGCUGCUCUUCAACUGGUGGUGUAUUAUAUGACCUCACUGGA